CUAGGUUGGUGUUAUGUAACCAAUUGCAAAAAUAUUGCUCGAAAGCUCUAUCCGGUUGACAGAACAAUAUGCUUAUAAGAUAAGUGCUAAGUUCAUUAGAAAAUCUAUUACAAAGUUUGACACAAUAAUGGAAGAGAACAAGCAGAAGACGGAGGAGUCCAAAAUGAAUUCAACUAAAAUGCCCAUGGAAUGGCUUCUGCAUUGGUGUUAUUAUGAUGCAAUUAUUUGUUACUUCUUUAUAUGACAGUAAUUCGACGAUAUUAACUCUCAGGUAUUUAACAAAGAGCGCACAAAACGGAUCUAGCAACAAAACCAAUUUUACAAUAUGAGAGCAAAUAACAAGUCACGCUUGCAAAAGUGGCUUGUUCUUCAAGAGAUUGUUCUACAGGGUUUAAGUGGACAAACAAGUAGUUAAUGUAUUAUAUUUGUUUUAUAUAAACAUAUACAUCCCCAUAAACACACCAUAGGUACAAUGUAAAUCAGAUUUAAGGAAGUUAUCGUUAACGUUUAAAAUAUUUCAAGAACUUUAAAAUAAUAAUAAAAACAAACAAUUCAUCCAUUUCAAAGCGAAACUAAUACCCCUAAAUUAAGAUGAACAAGUAAAACGUGUAAUUAUCUGGAGAACAUGUCAAACGAAAGCGGUAAUAGCGGUCGCGAAAUAGUUGAAAUAGACAAUGACUGUGAAAUGAAUGACAACGAAAACAGAGGAAAUACAGACGAUGUUACUUGUGUCGAUGACUAUAAUUCAAGUAACAUAAUACCGCAAUUGACCUGUAGUCAAGGAGAAGUUGAAUUGGCUUGUAGCAGUAACAAUGGUCAUGGGGCAAAUAGAGAACAUUCAGGCGAAAAUGAUUCGAUUAAGUCGGUUAAUGACUGCAGUUCAAAUAAGGUAGCAGCGGGAAAAUUAACAAAUAGUGGCAAAGCAUUUGCACCAUCCAAUGAGUGUACUGCAGAUAAUAGAAAGUCAAGACAAUUAACCAGUCGUCAAGAAGAAGUUAACAAGGAAUAUGGUAGUGAGGCAACGAGACGAAAUACUAACGAGGUGGAAUCAGUUGAAAUGGUCAGUGAUGGAUCAUUCGAACGUGGAGCGAUUGGUUUUGACCAUGAAUACAAAUCAAAUAAAAGCAUCAAACAUGAUCAGUUUUGGGAAAAGAGUGCUUACGGUGUAUUAAAUGGCAAUAUAAACCGCAAUAGAACAUCCAUAAAUGAACAUGGAGAAUAUGGUAUGGAUAACAACCAAAAUACAGAUUACAAAAAUCCGGUCAAUGAAAACUGUACUGCAUCUAUUGGGGCAGAUACCGGCUCAAAUACUUUUAACACAGAUCAAAGAGACGAAGCAAUUCGAAGUGGAGCUGAUAGCAUUAUAUUCGACCGCAAUCAAGUUAACAGGACAGACGGCGUUAACACGCUUGCCAACAACUUCUUUAUUGGUAGCAAUGCUAUACGUAGUAUUGGAUCGAAGAAAAGUGAUGAUAUCAGCAACACAUACAGCGAGGCAGCUGGAGAACACCGCCAUAGUAAAAUCGAAUCUGCAUCCAACAGUACAAUGAUACCGUUCGCAGGCGAAGAACAGUUUAUCAGAAAUGACACAUCGAGUAGGUCAAACACAAGUAACACAAACAGCCUUUCGACAGUACAGGACCAUGCCAGUAUUAGUGCAGGUGCACACAUACUCGAGGCGAAUAACCAUUCCAGCUAUUCUAUUGAUUACGAUACAGACCAGCAAGGUGGCGCAAUUGGUUUUGAAAAAAUCUCUGAUAAACAAAGUGAUGCAAAAUCACUUGAAAACUACUUUAAAUCGAAGUCAUUGAAAAAGAAAAGAAACGAAUCACAAACCAACGUUAACGGACCCAACAGUCACAAUACCUUGCUGAAAAAACUUUUUUCAGAUCACACUAUUACACAGAAUUAUGAAGGGAACAAAACGGGGGAGAACAAAUGUUUCGCAAUCCCAGACGACAAUAUCACAACCGACAAUACUGUUAACACAGGAGGUGAUGGGUUUGCUAGUUAUAAUACCAAUAACGAUGGGGUGGACGAAGAUCAUGUAAAUCAAACUGACGGAGAAUCAAACGAAAACGGUGCCUAUGGAGGAAACGAUUAUCAAGCUAUUUAUCAUGGCAGCCGGUCUGGUCUGAAUGAAGUUACUCCUACUACUAUUGCUACUUUUAAUACUACUGCUAUAAGCAGGACUGAACGUGACCGCAACAGAAAUAAUGACUACAAUUAUGCUCAUGAUACUGACGAUACAAUUAUUUCUUUAAAUAGACCGGGAAUAGUCGAUCUACACCGCAUUAUUCCGCAAAUCGAAGUGUACAAUGAGAUUGACAUGCAUUUCCGCCUUGAGCUUUAUCCAAAUGAUCGCGAAGCGACAGAACCAAGUCCAAAUUUACAUAUGCCCAGAGCAGGCGGGAAUCAUCGAUAUGUUGGGGAGCAAGUUGACCUUCAUUUUAGUACUAUGCUUUUCCCAUUCGACAACGAAGGUGCAGAACCACGUCCUGAUUUAACUAUGCCUGAGGAAGGAGAGAUUCUCCAAGAUGGUGAUACGGAAGACGAUGAUGGCUCUUAAUCAACUCCAAAAACUUCGCAAUUCUUCAGGUUGCUAGAGACAAACAAUAACGGGGAGCUAAAACGUAAUAUAUAUCCACACAAAUUUGAUCAUCCUACAAUGGCUUCAUGUUUUGAGAGUGUUGAAACGAAACUUGUAUGCUGAAGAAACACUAAUGUACAUUUUCAGUAUAAAAUUUUCACAAUAUCGAGCAAAAAUAAUAUUGUAAUAACAAAACCUGGACAAAUACUGAAAUAAUUAAAUAUACAGGAUUUAAUUUUAAACCAGUUUAUUGAACACUUCUGGUAAAUUUUAGUCCAUGGGAAAGUCGAUGCCACGUAAACUAAACGAAAAUGGUAUCAUGGCAGUUGUGAAUACACUUCAUUGAACUCUCUGCGGAAUAUCAAUCAAUAUUGGUAAAGUGUGUAUGAGGCCAAACCGUAUGUUUGCUUUCACUAACAAAUAACACAUUGCAUGUGUAUGUAAAUGGGAAGAACUGUGUUGAUUAACCUUGUGCUUAUAAUACUUGAGCUUUUUUUUAAGUUUAAAAACGAUGUUCGAUGAUAUAAAGAUUCACCAUUUCUUUCUUACCAUUCAUGUACAAAUACAUUAGCCAAUAUGCUCGAAUGUAUCUAACAUGAUCGAAUGUUCCAUUUACAAUACUAGACAUCACAUGUUUAGGGCCUUAGGAAAAAUGUUUAGGAAUUAUUUUGGUCGUUCGGGACACAUGAAACAAGAGAAGUUUUUACGCCAAAAGAUGUAUUGAUAAAAUAACAUUUACGUGUAAAUAUAUGUGUGUACUGGUACUUUUCUCAAUUCUGUACAAACAUAUGUAUACUAAUAUGCACUUUUAAUUAUGCCUUUGAUGAAACAAUGGAGGGGCGUAACAUUAGUUCAUUUUCUACCACAAUGUUUAUUUGCAAUUUAGAAUGACACCAUGUUAGAUGGUGUAUGAUUAUCACAUCGAAUACACUAAGAGUGACAUGUGUAAGCUAUACCAUUAAGGGGUAAAUAAUGAAAUACACACUUGUAUACAUACACAUUCUACGUCGUAUCCUUAUUACCCCGUGUGUUGCGUAAUGUAUUAAUAAUGCAGAAUGUAUAAUUUUUCAUAAUCCCUUUCCCACUCAGAGGCAAAGUAAAAUUUUUGAUAUGUGCAAACAGAAUAAAACCAGAACAGCCUGCGAGUAGCUCGCAGACUGUUCAGGUUUAAUGCUGUUUGCUGCUCAUCAGUAUAUGAGGGUGUGAAAUAAAACAUUUAAAACUUGAAUCAAGUUAGAAAGGUCAUUGAUUAAAUUAAAUUUUCCAAGGGACUACUUACAUGUCAAAAUACGUAUCUAAGUAGUAAAGGGUUAAGACAAAGCGUCGCGCACAGGAAUCAAGCCUGUCUAUGUUUGAACAAUUUUCGGUGAAGACUUAAAGUGGGUGCAUAUUCCUACCAGACGGAUAUAAUGAACGAAACUGUUGUUGCCCUGUCCAUUUUGUAUCGUUUAUGAAGGUAUGAUUAAACAAAAUACCAUAAUUGAUCAUCAUGUAACGUGGUAGUCCUAAGCGAAAAUAAGGACCCAUAUUCAUCAAAAUAGCUAGUUAAACGACCAAUAAAGCUCAGUAAAUUGGUUUAUUCUUUUUUCACUUUCUUGUUCUUCUGUCUUCUACAGAAUGCAUAUAUAUUGAGUCGAUAGUGUUUUGAAUUCUGAAUUAUAUCACUCUCGACAGCGGUUUAUUUGUUGAUUAUUUCAUGACUCCCUUGUUGUUUGAGUCAGCGUUGUGUUGUAACAGUAUAAUUGGUUGUGCUGUUUAAAACUCCAUUCAUUAAUGUCAUUGUAUGUCUUGGUUUUGUAUGUAAACGUUAAAACCAAAACUUAAAUAUUGAACCUUCAAGUAAUUUUAAAUUUGAAGCAUGCAAUAUUAUGAAGCAAAUGUGCUUUGCAUGUAAUUAUUUUGUGACGCUUAACAUGAUGUAUGGUGAUGUAUGCCUUUAAACCGCUUCAAAGCAAUAUACUUCUCAUCUACUUUCUCCAUCAUCAAUGGUAUGACAAUGUUGAAUAAUGUAAGCUCUAAAGUCGAAGAAACAAUGCCGCGUAAUGGUUAUUGAUCGAUCAUCUGUUAUUACCGAAGUAUUAGUUUACUGUUUUGUUUCAUUUCUUUUCAAUAUAUUUAAAUCGUUUAUUUUCAACUUCUAGUAAUAAAUGUAAAACGAUUAUUACAUUUUAAGUAGACAUAUUAUAUUAAUUUCUUGAGUUGUUAUUUUUUAUUUCUUCAAUUUAUUAAUACACACAUAUCAUAAAUAGUGUGAUCUCAAUUGGAAUUUUUUGUUCAUGAAUUUGUGUGGACAAUUUAGCAUUAUUUGUUUAGAGCAAUAAUUCUUAUUAUUUAAUGUUUAGAAAUGAUUUUUUCAUUCAAAUGAUUUUAUUGCAAUUAAGAAUAUUGUCCUAUAUCUAAUUUCGCAAAUACUCGUAACGGCAACAUGCAUGGACUUAAAACUUAACACCAUACUUUUUGCGUUUUUUAACUUAGCUUUCAAUUUGAAAUGCGAGUGAAAUAUAGUAUACAUGAGUACUUGCUUGAGUAUGCAACUUACUUUGUCAAACAGGUCAGAGUUCUAUCAAUUAUUUUAAGGCUUAGCACGUGCAGUGGUUUGAUAUAUUCAAUGUUAGCGCAUGUUUUGACUACACGUUCUAGAUGUUUGUCAGAUUCUGUAUUCAUUUUGAUGGUUCUUUUUAUAAAUAAUAAUAAUUAUAUGUUUAUAACGAUAAUAUAUCCUGCCUUGUUUGGAGUGCUGUGUUUUUGUGUGAAAUGAUGUCCAAGUAUUAUGCAUAUAAGUUUCGUUAUUUUAUUUCAUUCGAAUUAACUGCUAGCUUACCCGAGCACGACGUGCUUAAGGCGAGCUUUUUUGAUCGCCCUAUGUUCGUGUCUAUAGUCGUGUGUUCUACGUAGUGCUUCGUGCAUCUUCAACUAUAAUGACGAUCCCACUGUACAGGUCACAUUUUGAUGAUUCUUUAUGGAACAUUCUCAUAAUGUUUAUAUUUCCAAUAUCUAGUUUAAGUUCGACUAUUGUUAAUUAUCAACAACUAAUUGAACUGGUGAAAUCUUAUAAAAACAUUGUUUUAGUAAAUUUUAAGCUUGUAACAAAUAUAGAGGCUUAAUUAUCAUCCAGCCUUCUCAGAAUGUUAGUAUUGCAAAAACCCAGACCAAGUUCGAUUUACGUCGCAUGCGUCCAAAACCUCUGCUAGAAGGUCAAAUGUUAGAAAAACAUUUUACCACUCAUUUAUGAGUCAAGCUUCACGAAACAUAGUCAGAAUGUUUAUCUUGAUAGACUUAGUUCGAACUGGGUCAUGACAGACCAAAAACUAUAUAUCCAGGUCAAAUCUUAAACAACUUAGUACCACUCAGUUAGCCAUAUUUAUUAUUUAAACAUGUAUAAACGUGUCUCGAAUUGGUGAAUCAAAUUGAAAACUCUUGUCAUUUUCAUUAGCAGACGGACACAUACUAGGUAGCUAGAUCUAAUCUUAGUAAAAGAUUGUUAGCACUGUAGAUGCCACAUGCCUCUUUCUUUGACAGAAUGUUAAUCGUUUCAAUAUCAAUGCCAUGUUUGAAUCUGGAUAAAGUGUGGUAAACUAUCUGAACCAAACUCAGGUGGCUAUCAAUGACCCCUUUUUAAUGUAUUAUUUUCAGACCAUCCUAAUGUAAAUAUGUGAUUCUCAUCUGUGAUAUUUGCAAUGAUUUAGCAUUAAAAUUAUCGUUUU